CCGGCUUCUGCUGUCAAGUAGCUGAGGUGGGCUCCGCCUAAGCGAGGAGUGGCUCCGGUGGGAGAUGCGCUCCCAGCUGUUUGCGGCGGGAGCGGGAAAGCUGUAGGGCCCGGCAGCGCGGCGGCGACAGGAGAGGGGAACAGGUGUUUCAUAGUAUUCAACUGCCAUAAAGCUUUCCUUGUUUUUGAAAACUGAACCAUCUACUUAACCGAAGAUGAAAAUGCCAUUGCUGGUCAGCCAUCUCCUGCUAAUCUCCGUCAUAUCCUGUCUAGGAGAGUUCACAUGGCACAGAAGAUAUGGUCAUGGAGUUUCUGAGGAGGACAAAGGAUUUGGACCCAUUUUUGAAGAGCAACCAAUCAAUACCAUUUACCCAGAGGAGUCACUGGAAGGAAAAGUUUCACUCAACUGCCGGGCACGGGCCAGCCCAUUUCCAGUUUACAAAUGGAGAAUGAAUAAUGGGGAUGUUGACCUGACAAAUGACCGAUACAGUAUGGUAGGAGGAAACCUUGUCAUCAAUAAUCCUGACAAGCAGAAAGAUGCUGGGGUCUACUACUGCUUGGCAUCAAAUAACUAUGGAAUGGUCAGAAGCACUGAGGCAACCCUGAGUUUUGGAUAUCUCGACCCCUUUCCUCCUGAGGAGCGUCCCGAGGUGAAAGUGAAGGAAGGGAAGGGCAUGGUGCUUCUCUGUGACCCUCCGUACCACUUUCCAGAUGACCUUAGUUACCGCUGGCUCCUGAAUGAGUUUCCUGUAUUUAUCACAAUGGACAAACGAAGAUUUGUGUCUCAGACCAAUGGCAAUCUCUACAUUGCAAAUGUCGAGUCUUCUGAUAGAGGCAACUACUCCUGCUUUGUAUCCAGUCCUUCUAUUACAAAAAGUGUGUUCAGCAAGUUUAUCCCCCUCAUCCCAAUACCUGAACGAACAACAAAGCCAUACCCUGCUGAUAUUGUAGUGCAGUUCAAGGACAUAUAUACCAUGAUGGGCCAAAAUGUGACUUUAGAGUGUUUCGCUCUUGGAAACCCUGUCCCAGAUAUCCGGUGGCGGAAGGUGCUAGAACCCAUGCCUAGCACUGCUGAGAUAAGCACCUCAGGGGCUGUCCUCAAGAUCUUCAAUAUCCAGUUAGAAGAUGAAGGCAUCUAUGAAUGUGAGGCUGAGAACAUUAGAGGAAAGGACAAGCACCAGGCAAGAAUUUAUGUUCAAGCAUUUCCUGAAUGGGUAGAGCAUAUCAAUGACACUGAGGUGGACAUAGGCAGUGACCUCUACUGGCCUUGCGUGGCCACAGGGAAACCCAUCCCUACCAUCAGGUGGCUGAAAAACGGGUAUGCGUACCACAAAGGGGAACUAAGACUGUAUGACGUGACUUUUGAAAAUGCUGGGAUGUACCAGUGCAUAGCGGAAAACGCGUAUGGCUCCAUCUAUGCAAAUGCCGAGCUCAAGAUCCUGGCUUUAGCUCCGACUUUUGAAAUGAAUCCUAUGAAGAAAAAGAUCCUGGCUGCUAAAGGAGGAAGAGUUAUCAUUGAAUGUAAACCCAAGGCUGCACCGAAACCCAAAUUUUCAUGGAGCAAAGGGACUGAGUGGCUUGUCAACAGCAGCAGAAUACUCAUAUGGGAAGAUGGUAGCUUGGAAAUCAAUAAUAUUACAAGGAAUGAUGGAGGAGUCUAUACAUGCUUUGCAGAAAAUAAUAGGGGAAAAGCCAAUAGCACUGGGACUCUGGUGAUCACAAAUCCCACACGAAUCAUUUUGGCUCCAAUUAAUGCUGAUAUCACAGUUGGAGAAAAUGCUACAAUGCAAUGUGCAGCAUCCUUUGAUCCUGCCCUGGAUCUCACAUUUGUUUGGUCCUUCAAUGGCUACGUGAUUGAUUUUAACAAAGAAAUUACACAUAUUCAUUACCAGAGGAAUUACAUGCUCGAUGCCAACGGGGAGCUGCUCAUCCGAAAUGCCCAACUGAAGCAUGCAGGAAGAUAUACAUGCACAGCACAGACCAUCGUGGACAAUUCUUCAGCUUCGGCUGACCUUGUGGUACGAGGUAAAAAGAGAAAAGAUGGAGAGAAAAACAUGGUGGACCCCUUUUUCCCCGUCUGUGCCAGCCUGCCUCCAACCUGGUGAUCUGGACACUCACCUGUUGUCUGAAAGCCCCACCCCCAUCUCGAACUUAAAACGUGCCAAAGUAGAUUUGACUAAUUAACCCAACCUUGUAGCUUUUGCCAUGUCUUUCUCCAUCCUAGUUUGUAGAGGAUGUUUGAGACUUCUUAACAUGCUUUGAAGUGAGAGGAUUUAAAACUCUGGAUUAGCUUCACUAACACCUGAAAACAAUGCCUUAGCUCGCUAACCUAGGGCAUCAUAGUAUACUAGCCCAGUAAAAGUCCCUGUUUCCUAUCCUGUUUUUCUUUGAGAUUAUUUAUCUCAGAAGUUAGUGCAUCACCAUAAAACAUUAUGAAGAACUGGUGAUAUAUAAAACAGGAGUGUUGUGGCUACAUGAACUGUUUAAUUGAUUGAAGCAGGUAAUGAAGUGUUGUCCAAUUCACCAGUCACUUUAAUUGGAGAGAGAGAUGGGUGGGACCACACUACAAGUGACUUUUUAUCUAACACUGCCUUUCAUACUUUUGGGGGAACAGUUAUCAUGACUUUCAAGAGGUCUUGGGGCAAAGUCUGGGUUUGGGGAAUGAACUUGGACAGUGAAUAGAGCAAGAUUCAUAGGAAGAAGGCUAAGUCUUCUACAGCAUGCUUUCAAGUUAAAGGGUGGUGACUCCUACCAUAAUCCUUCUUGGCCAUCUCCUUAAGGAGGAAGGUUGGGGUUUGUAUUAUGAUUGAGCUGAAGUGAAUUUUGAAUCUGAAUGUGCAAUUCUUCCAGGGACUGCUUACAUUUCCCCCGUUUUCUUAUUUGGAGAGAAACAUACUUAAAAUUCUUAAUUUUUCCCCAGAGGCAAUUUUGCCCUUCUUAGACAGUUUUAUGUUUAGUAAUGAGAUAUUAUUUGAUCCUUUCAUUUAGUGAUUUGUGACCCCCCCCACCCAGCAACUUCAUCUGUGAUUGGGAAAACUCAGGAACCAUUUGAGGGAUGUGUAUAUUACUCUUAAAUAAUUACACAUGGAUAGUUGCUCUGCAAGUAAUUUUCAAAGGACAAAUGUCUCUUGAUUUCUUAUAUUCAUCCUUUAUAUCUUGCAGUUGUGGUAUAGGCAUAAAGAAUUACCUACAUUAAUUUCUAUUUUAGUACAUAUUUAAAAAUAUUUCAGGGGUUUUCUGGAGUGUGUCUGUAAACAUCACCAUGGAAACACACGUGAGUCUCUACUUAGGGCAUUUUAUUAUAUAAUCUGUAUGUGAGGUGAUACCUCCAAGACCGGAGAAGAAAGUAAAGAAUGAAAAUUCAGAAAGAAAUUGCAUGAUAGGAAAGCAUGCUUGUGUUUAAACAAGAAUGGUUUCUUAGCUUUACUAACUUCCUCCAAAUCUCACUUCUAAGUGGGGUAGUGUCUCUUUUUUUUAAUCAGUGUCAGAGGAUGUUUGCUAUUUAUCUCUGUUUUACACUUCUCAAACUUGAACUGUAGCAUACCACACCGGUUUGAUUUUGUACAUUACAAAUGAGCCAUUAUCCUAACAAAUUUCCUGGUUUCAGCAGGCCUGUUGCAAUGAAGGGUCUUUAAUUUAACUAUCUGGUAAUGGAGGAACAAUUGGCCAGCUAAAAUUUAUAUAUUUUUCCUCUGUUGACAAGUUUUAUUUUGAGAUUAUUUUGGUCAAUUAAAGGGUGAUACUUCUCAUAAUUUCUGCAUCCUUAGCCUCUUGAAACUUCAUCUGAUUGAAUCACACUGGAAAAAUUAACACUGAGUACAGAAUAAGUGUUGGGAUGCCUUUUUAUUUUAUUACAAACUGGCUAUUUAUCAGAAGAGAGAGAAUAACCACUUUAGAAUCAGCGACAUUUGUUUUAAAAAAUGAGUGGUAUGAAAGAGACUCUUGAGAAAUGUUUGGCAGGCAGCAUUGGAAAGCAGUUCACGUUGCAGACACGUGAUCUAAGCUUUCAAAUUGACAUCCCAGGAUUUAGUCACAUUGUGCUAGGAAGGUUUGUAACCUAUCAUGACCAUACUCUGUCUCUGACUGCCCAAGUGGUUCUGUCUUUCUAGACCAGAGUUCUUUUAUAAAAUACACAGAUACUGGCUGCAAGAAGCACUGAGCACGGGGCUCCCUCUUUGUCUACCAGUAGUCAAUGAUUUAGUAGGAAAAAGAUUAAGGUCCAAGACUACAUUAGUGAAAGAAUCUAUGGGUGUGACAAAUGAGACUCUCUGCCACCCCAGAGAUACUGGACAUUUCCGUAUUCCUUCACUGGUUAACAGAACUAACACAAGCUUCAGUGGUCAUUUGUGGACUCCCCAGUGCCUGGACAUAACCCUGGGAAGGAGGCUGGUAGCUAGCUGUGCUUCAUCCUACAAGGAUGAAGGCUGAUGGCCCAGAGCAUCCUCUGUCAACAGUCUCCUAGGUCACAAAAGCAGGAGAGAAAGAACAUGUGGAUGAGGAACAGAAAGUGUGGAGCCAGUGAUACAAGGGUCUGUCCAUGCCUCCAUCUGAGUAUUUGUCUAUGCCUUCACCUGAGCAGUACAGGAAGAUACCCUUAGCCAGGCAGGAGGCCUAUCACAUCACAAGCCUUCCUGGCAUCAUCUGGCUGGAUCAGGAAACAGAGAUCAGCCUGUCUGUAGAGAUGUCACAUCAGCUCAAAGCUAUGCAAUGCAGAAGGCCCAGGAAAGGCUGUGAGGCAACUGAAGUAGAAGGAUGAAAAGCAGAAUGCUGCUUCCACCAACUUUAUUCUCUUUUCCAUCUUUCUCUUCCUUUUCCUCCCUUCCUUCCUUUACUUCUUUUUCUACUUUUACUGUUUCCCCAUGUAUUUAAUGGUGGUAAGAAACAUUAAUAGCUUGAGUUUGCUAGAGCUAGUCAUAAAAAUAUAUCUGUUCAUCACCUACAAUAAGCUUUUUAUUAAAUAUAAUAUUUUCAUUAAUUAAGAAUUUCAUACAUGUAUACAAUGUACUUUGACCAUAUUUGUCCUCUACUCCUCCUCCAACCCAGUCCAAAGCCCACAACCCUUCCUCCCAACUUCAGGCCCUUGUUUUAAUUUGUGAAUCCCAUGUAUUCAUGGGUGUGGAACCACCCACUGCAGCAUGACUGAUCUACCAGGGGCUACACCUUUGGGGAAAACUGAUUUUCUCCCACCCCCAGCAACAAUUACCUUUCAGUAUUGCCCAUAUAAAUGCUGGGAACCAUGUGCCUCUCCUACCACAAGGUUGGGGUGUAGACUGGUUGCAUCAUGUUUUGGCAACCAAGGCUGUUGUGAGCUCAUAAGUGCAUCUUCUCCAUCUUUUGCCCUGGUCUUCUCUGACCUCUGGCUCUUACAAUAUUUCCACCCAUCUUCUGAGAUUGCCUAUGAGUUCUGGGGAAAAGCCACCUGACCUCUUUAGUAAUUAAGAGAAAGAAAUAUAUUGAAGAAUAAUUUAAAUUCCAAGGCCCCUUCCAGAUGAUGAAAUUUUAUUUUAUGGUGAUGUAACCUUGAGAUGAAAAUGUGCUCAUAGGAAUUAUUAUCUUCUGGAUUUCUGGAUGAGGAAGUCCUAAGAAAUGCUGAAUAUAUGGCAAAAUUCUGAAAAUGUGUGUAGUAGCCAUCUGCUCAUAUUCUUCUAGAUGUCAGAGCUUCCCAUAAGGAGUUAUUUAGAGUACACAGAGAUGAAAGAAAAGGAGAAAGGGAGAAAGGCAGGAAGGGGAGGGACCUGGAAGUCACAAUUGUAUGUAACACCCAUACCCCCACAUUGCAGUGACAAGGGGCUCAGGAAAGGACUCUCCUUAUUGAGUGUCUUCUUUUGUUCUCGGGCACACAGUUUCUUUAUCCCAUUUUCUACCCCAGCAAUGUCAUUCUGGACAAACAAACAAAAAAAAAAAACAACCAAGUAACAUUAACAUCCAUUUCUGAAAACCCCUCUGUGGGAGAUGCAGCAGCCUGACCUGGGGUCAGCUCAGGCCAUCCAGAAUUCCAUGCUCCACGGUAGCUGAACAGCCUACAUUUUCUUUCAUUUCCAUCAAAUGCCUCAGAAAACACUUACUUCAGUUUCUAGAGUCCCUGCUGCUUUAAGAUCAUAAAUGAGCAGCUCUUGCUAAGAGCAAUCGCUGCUUCCAGGAGCUGUGGCUCCUAGAAAACUCUUCCAACAAUAAUGACAGUUGAUGUUUUCUAAGGGUUCUGAGGACUAGGCCUGCCUAGAACUGAAGUCUUUAAGGUUGUUAUCUUAGUCACAACAACAGUCUGAUGAUGAACUCAUAUUAUUCCCAUUUUAUAUAUGAAGAAGCAAGAACUCGGUAGUUUAAAAACCCUGGCCGUGUUAUAUUAGCAUGUGAAUUUUAAAGGCAUGUUUAUUUUGAAUUCUCCAAUUCCAACUUCUGUAAUAGUAUGAUUUUCCCACUCUUAGUGAAAUCUCUGUGUAGCAGAGAAAUAUAAGAAAUAGCCAGGUGAGAGACUAGGGAGGUAGCACAGCCAUUAUAGCCCAAAACUCAUAAUAAGAGGUAAUGAAGCAGGAAGCCUAUUUUAUAUUAGAUGGAAUAUUGCAAAGUAAUAUCACAUAAGGGAUUUUGAGGUGCAGGCCACUCCCUCAGUGCCACUUCCUGGUCGUACAGCAUCUCAAGGUUUGUAUGUGAAUGAAGGGUGCAUUAUGGAUGACGAUAAGGACAUCAGCUGGGAUCAGUUCAUUCAUAUGGUCAACAAUGGACCCUUACAAGCCAGGCAAGCAUCAGAGGUCAACAUCACAAAUAGCAACUACAUAUUUGCUCAAAAAUCCCGUUUUUCUGUCACUGAGUAACUCAACAGAAUUAUGGUGCCCACAGUGUUCCUAACAAAUAUACUAAUGUAUGCAACACCAUGCAAUCUUUGUGCAAUAUGGCUCACCCGAAACUCCAAGAAUUUCAGAGAAAAACAGCAGGGAAAUGAUGUGUACAUGAGCAGGUGGAAGCUAUCCUGAGACUUUCUUCUUCAAGCCCUUGUAACGUUGCUAUUCACUAAUGAUCAGCAGAGUUUGGGGGCAGCAUAGAAGCUUAUCUAUCUUUAAAAAUAACUUCUUUCCUCUUUUGUAUUGAUUUUCUAUUUUAAUUUUCUGCAGUGCUAUGACCAGUAUUUGAUUUUCCUGUAAGUCUCAUUAACCAGCUGACCUGUGCUUCAGUCUGAUUUUUCCAUGUUAAAAAAAGCAAAACGUGGUAUAUUCUCCUUGAAUAGCAAGUGUGCUCUAUAUUAUGCACAUGUCAGUAUUUGAUUGUUUAACAUUGAAUAUAAGCACCCUCAUAGAUGAUGAAUUUUAAAGCUCUUUUGCCUUUAUUGUGUUCAUAUGUAUCCUUCUAAGGAAUAAAAUUUACUGCCAGCAA